CUCUCUGGGUGUUUCUUCCUUAAAGUUUAGUUUCACUUUCUCUCACAGGUGUGUUGCAAAUAGUUUUCUCCGUCUGAACCUCCAGCUGAAGAUGAAAGUGUGUGUGAGAUGAGCAGCAUGAAUCAGUGUGAGGACAGAGAGGAGGGAGGCCCUCCCUCUAAAACCACUGGACCUGAACCUGGACCUGGACCUGGACCUGGACCUGGACCUGAGCCCAGCUGUGUGUCCUUCAAGAGUGACCGGUCAAUCGGUCGUUUCAUUGAUUUUAAAGGACAACCAGCUCCUGCUGUAAAGAGAGUCGACCAGGAGAGCUCAGAGGUUCCCAGAGGUCCGUCUGUCCAGCAGCAUCAGACACACCUGGACUCCAUAUUUAUGCUGCUGGAGGAGAACAUUGUGACUUUUGUGAAGAACGAGCUGAAGAAGGUCCACAAGGUUCUGAGUUCAGAUUACCCAGAAUGCUUAGAGAAUCAGAGGGAGGAUGAGGAGGUGUUGGAUGGUGAGGAUGAAGAGCAGAGGAGGAGCAGCAGAGAGGCAUUUCUGAAGAUCACACUUCACUUCCUGAGGAGAAUGAAGCAGGAGGAGCUGGCUGACCGUCUGCAGAGCAAACAUGUUGCUGCAGUUUGUCAGCGUAAACUUAAAUCUGACCUUCAGAAGAAGUUCCAGUGUGUGUUUGAGGGGAUCGCUAAAGCAGGAAACCCAACCCUUCUGAAUCAGAUCUACACAGAGCUCUACAUCACAGAGGGAGGGACUGCAGAGGUCAAUGAUGAACAUGAGGUCAGACAGAUUGAAACAGCAUCCAGGAAACCACACAGACCAGAAACAACAAUCAGACAGGAAGACAUCUUUAAAGCCUCACCUGGAAGAGACGAACCAAUCAGAAGAGUGAUGACAAAGGGAGUGGCUGGCAUCGGGAAAACAGUCUUAACACAGAAGUUCACUCUGGACUGGGCUGAAGACAAAGCCAACCAGGACAUACAGUUCACAUUUCCAUUCACUUUCAGAGAGCUGAAUGUGCUGAAAGAGAAAAAGUUCAGCUUGGUUGAACUUGUUCAUCACUUCUUCACUGAAACCAAAGAAAUCUGCAGCUUUGAAGAGUUCCAGGUUGUUUUCAUCUUUGACGGUCUGGAUGAGUGUCGACUUCCUCUGGACUUCCACAACACUGAGAUCCUGACUGAUGUUAGAGAGUCCACCUCAGUGGAUGUGCUGCUGACAAACCUCAUCAGGGGGAAACUGCUUCCCUCUGCUCGCCUCUGGAUAACCACACGACCUGCAGCAGCCAAUCAGAUCCCUCCUGGGUGUGUUGACAUGGUGACAGAGGUCAGAGGGUUCACUGACCCACAGAAGGAGGAGUACUUCAGGAAGAGAUUCAGAGAUGAGGAGCAGGCCAGCAGAAUCAUCUCCCACAUCAAGACAUCACGAAGCCUCCACAUCAUGUGCCACAUCCCAGUCUUCUGCUGGAUCACUGCUACAGUUCUGGAGGAUGUGUUGAAGACCAGAGAGGGAGGAGAGCUGCCCAAGACCCUGACUGAGAUGUACAUCCACUUCCUGGUGGUUCAGACCAAAGUGAAGAAGGUCAAGUAUGAUGGAGGAGCUGAGACAGAUCCACACUGGACUCCAGAGAGCAGGAAGAUGAUUGAGUCUCUGGGAAAACUGGCUUUUGAUCAGCUGCAGAAAGGAAACCUGAUCUUCUAUGAAUCAGACCUGACAGAGUGUGGCAUCGAUAUCAGAGCAGCCUCAGUGUACUCAGGAGUGUUCACACAGAUCUUUAAAGAGGAGAGAGGACUGUACCAGGACAAGGUGUUCUGCUUCAUCCAUCUGAGUGUUCAGGAGUUUCUGGCUGCUCUUCAUGUCCAUCUGACGUUCAUCAACUCUAGAGCAAAUUUGCCGGUAGAAGAAAAGCAGUCAACAUCCUGGUGGUCUAAACUAUACAGAGACAAACCAACACAUCCCAUCAACUCCCAGGAGUAUGAAGCAAGAAAAAACGAUGUUGCACUGACACAGCACCUCCAGAGUUUUGUAGACGAGGCCUUACAGAGUCCAAAUGGACACCUGGACUUGUUCCUCCGCUUCCUCCUGGGUCUUUCACUGCAGACCAAUCAGACUCUCCUAAAAGGUCUGCAGACACAGACAGGAAGUAGCUCACAGACCAAUCAGAAAACAGUCCAGUACAUCAAGGAGAAGAUCAGUGAGAAUCUGUCUCCAGAGAGAAGCAUCAAUCUGUUCCACUGUCUGAAUGAACUGAACGAUGGUUCUCUAGUGGAGGAGAUCCAACAGUACCUGAGAUCAGGACGUCUCUCCACAGAUAAACUGUCUCCUGCUCAGUGGUCAGCUCUGGUCUUCAUCUUACUGUCAUCAGAAGAAGAUCUGGAUGUGUUUGACCUGAAGAAAUACUCUGCUUCAGAGGAGGCUCUUCUGAGGCUGCUGCCAGUGGUCAAAGCCUCCAACAAAGCCUGUAAGUGUGGAGAAGUUUCUUCAGAAUGCAGUAAAUGUGCUGUUAUUGACCCAAAUAGAAAUAUAUCUUGUUCUGCUCAUUAUUCUUUAUCCAGACUGAGUGGCUGUAACCUCUCAGAGAGAAGCUGUGAAGCUCUGUCCUCAGUUCUCAGCUCCCAGUCCUCUAGUCUGAGAGAGCUGGACCUGAGUAACAACAACCUGCAGGAUUCAGGAGUGAAGCUACUUUCUGCUGAACUGAAGAGUCCACACUGUGUCCUUGAAACUCUCAGGCUGUCAGGCUGUCUGAUCACAGAGGAAGGCUGUACUUCUCUGGUCUCAGCUCUGGACUCCAACCCCUCCCAUCUGAGAGAGCUGGACCUGAGCUACAAUCAUCCAGGAGACUCAGGAGUGAAGCAGCUUUCUGCUCGACUGGAGGAUCCAGGCUGGAGACUGGACACUCUCAGGGUGGAGCCUGCUGGAGUCCGAUGUUUGACACCAGGUCCGUGGAGAUAUUCCUGUGAGCUCACAGUCGACACAAACACAGUCGACAGAUACGUCAAACUGUCUGACAACAACAGGAAGAUGACACGUGUGAAGGACAAUCAGUCAUAUCCUGAUCAUCCAGAGAGGUUUGAGUGCUACUGGCCUCAGCUGCUGUGUAGAACUGGUCUGACUGGUCGCUGUUACUGGGAGGUCGAGUGGAGAGGAAGAGUUUCUAUAUCAGUGAGUUACAGAAGAAUCAGAAGGAGAGGAGUCAGUGAAGACUGUGAGUUUGGAUGGAAUGAUCAGUCCUGGAGUCUGUGGUGCUCUGAUGAUGGUUGUUACUAUGUCUUGCACAAUAACAGAGAAACAGUCCUGUCCUCCUCCUCCUCCUCCUCCUCCUCCUCCUCCUCCUCCUCCUCCUCCUCCUCCUCUGGUAGAGUAGCAGUGUAUGUGAACUGUCCUGCUGGCACUCUGUCCUUCUACAGAGUCUCCUCUGACUCACUGAUCCACCUCCACACCUUCAACACCACAUUCACUGAACCUCUUUAUCCUGGAUUUGGGUUCUUCUGGUCCAGUCCCGGUUCAGUGCGUCUGUGUGGUGUUUAGUGUGCAGAGUCUCCUCCUGUCACAGAAACAUUGUCAGUGCUGAACAGUUGAGUCUGUACAGGAUCACAGUCACAUCAAUCUUUCAGCUUCUUGUAAUAAAUUCAUCAUCAACUUUGUACAAAAUGAUUCAAACUGAUUGAAAAGAUUUUUCAUUUACAUUUUAAACUUCUUCCAUUAAAUUGUGUAAAUUGUGUUGACUUGUACUUUCUGUCAUGUGUUGUUUUGAAUUCUGGCUCUUGUUCCAAUAAAAUCCAGAACUAUUAGUGAAAUGUAAGAAACAGAAAACAUUGACUCGUCUGCAGCUUUAAUUGUAAAGAAUCAUUGUGAACAAAGUUGUGAAUGGACAGUAAAAUAUGAUCAAAUGAACUCGACACUCCACCUGAAACUCUCUGACUUGUUUCAUGUGUUUCUGAUGAUGAAACCAAAAGUUUGAUGGUGUUGGUUAACACAUGUAAUUAUGUCCGUAGUGACGUGAUAAACUGCACAACAUCUGUUCAUUUCUGUGUGAUUAUUAUAUGAGAAGAAAAGACAUUUUAAUGACAA